AAUCCUAGGCGGCGUAUCCUUGCUAUUACCUCAUCGCAGGCCUCGCUCUCGCCAGCCCCAGUCUUUCCAGGGGCGUGGUGGCGAGCUGUUCUCGCGACUUUUGUUUUCCCCUUCGGCUGUGUUACUCCUGUCGCGAGACUUCCUGCUCUUCUGCCGCUCCCUUUGCCUUAGUCGGGGACUCGGACCUAGCUUCUCUCCUAUCCGUCUCCACCGGCCCCGGCUCCACCGAGGCUCGGGUUCCCCAGCCCCGCCUCGCCGCCGCCAUGGCGGACCCUAAAUACGCCGACCUUCCCGGCAUUGCCAGGAACGAACCUGAUGUUUAUGAAACCAGCGACCUACCUGAGGAUGAUCAAGCAGAGUUUGAUGCGGAGCUGGAAGAGCUGACCAGCACAAGUGUGGAGCACAUCAUUGUCAAUCCUAAUGCUGCCUAUGACAAGUUCAAGGACAAGAGAGUUGGGACAAAGGGACUCGAUUUCUCAGAUCGCAUUGGAAAAACCAAGAGGACAGGAUAUGAAUCUGGAGAAUAUGAGAUGCUUGGAGAGGGUCUGGGAGUGAAAGAGACACCUCAACAAAAGUACCAGCGACUACUGCAUGAGGUCCAAGAGCUAACAACUGAAGUUGAGAAAAUCAAGACGACAGUGAAGGAGUCUGCCACUGAGGAAAAGCUGACCCCUGUGGUGCUGGCUAAACAGCUGGCAGCCCUAAAGCAGCAGCUGGUUGCUUCCCACCUGGAGAAGCUGCUGGGACCAGAUGCCACGAUCAACCUUACUGACCCUGAUGGAGCUCUGGCUAAGCGCCUACUGCUGCAGCUGGAAGCAACUAAGAACAGCAAAGGGAGUUCAGGGGGAAAGACCACAAGUGGGACCCCCCCAGGAAGCAGCCUUGUCACUUAUGAACUACAUUCUCGGCCUGAGCAGGACAAGUUCUCUCAAGCUGCCAAAGUUGCAGAACUUGAAAAGCGCCUGACAGAGCUGGAGACAACUCUACGCUGUGAUCAGGAUGCUCAGAAUCCCCUUUCAGCAGGUCUUCAGGGAACUUGUCUUAUGGAGACUGUAGAACUGUUGCAGGCAAAGGUGAGCGCCCUGGAUCUUGCAGUUUUGGACCAAGUGGAGGCUCGGCUACAGAGUGUCCUGGGAAAGGUGAAUGAGAUUGCCAAGCAUAAAGCCUCUGUGGAGGAUGCAGAUACACAGAGCAAGGUGCAUCAACUAUAUGAAACCAUCCAACGCUGGAGUCCCAUCGCCUCCACCCUUCCUGAGCUGGUGCAGAGACUUGUCACCAUCAAGCAGCUGCAUGAGCAAGCCAUGCAGUUUGGUCAGCUUCUGACACACUUGGAUACCACCCAACAGAUGAUUGCCAGUUCCCUCAAGGACAACACCACCCUCCUGACCCAGGUGCAGAAACCAUGCGUGAAAACCUGGCUACAGUUGAGGGGAACUUUGCCAGCAUUGAUGAGCGGAUGAAGAAGCUGGGAAAGUGAGCACCUUUGGGAGACAGAGAACAGGGGUAACCCUUGCUCCUGUGAACUCUGUUAAUGGCUUACAUAGGGUUUCUCCAUCAUUGUAACUCUCACAGCCCCAUCCCAUUUGACACUGGGGGCAAGGGUUCUUGCAUGUGGGGUUUCAUCCCUCCCCUUGAAUACAAGUGGUAGGUGGAGGAUAUUAGAUGUGGUCUCCCUCAGGCCAAGGGGAUGAGGACAUGACCUAGCCACAUGCCAGCUCAUGUCCAAAACUGCUUUGCCUGAUGUGGGGGAGAACUGUCCUCCAACACAGCUUCUGUGGCUGACUGUGAUACUGUACAACUAUUUCUGACCAUUAAAUGCUGUUAUACUCUGUGUGACCUCUGCUGUGUUUCCUGGGGAAGAAACAGAGCACUGAGACAGACAGACAUGUAAGAGUAUAAUAGGCAGUCCAAGCCAUCGUACAAGACAGGUUUCAGUUUAACCUGUUCUUACCAAAGAACUAAGUAAAAAAUGAGUACAGAGCCAGAACCAGAGUUUCAAAAUAUUCUCAUCUGUUAAAUUAAGAGUGUCUCCCAUAGAAAAGCAGUGGAGGCCCCACAGGGCAAGUACAAAACAGAAUUAAAACUCC